UUUCCACGAAAUCUAACAUAAACAAAGAUUGUUUUCUCCUGAUUGCUAAAGUUUAAUUUAUGGAUGAAUUAUUCGUGUGGAGCAAGUUUCGGGCGUGCUCGACGAAAUCAAAUUUCAAAUUUUGAAUCCACCUGCUGAGCAACGUGCGAUCGCCAAUAAGACGCUUAGACGGGUCGGCAGGGGGGCAAAAAUCCACGACGCCUGAUUGGAUCGCCGAGCAAGUUGCGCACGGGUAAGUCGACUGUAGAUUGGUGACGUCACGAGAAAUCGUCCAAUGCAGUCGCAGGAAUCUCCAGUAAUAACCGUACGUGCGUGCCGUACGCCGAAGCGUGUUAUUCGUACUCGGGCGUACAAACGAGAAAGAGGCACUACAGAGAAUCUCCCGGUGUCCGUGAAAGAUGUUUCCCGACAGAGGCAUGCCAGACGGGAUCCGCGUUCGAUAAGCUCUUUCCCCAUUUACAACAGGGAAUAAUCACGUAUCUAUUGCGAGCUCAAUGUAUUCGAGGUAUCGACGUGUCGAAGGAAAGGCAGAUUGCACGCGACCCGCCGCCGUACCUGACAGUCCACGCGGCCCAAACACUUUCGCCUCGCUAUAUACAACACGAGAAUUCGCAUCGUGUUUCAUUCACAACGCGAGCGCCACUGGCAAUGUCGGGAAGUGACAGUCCAACAUUCUUUCACGGCCAGCCCUGGUCCAGCUGGAUAGAAAGAAUCGGACGAGACAAGCCGUUGAGUGAUGAAGAAACAGAAGGUCAACUUUCUAGUUCAGUUACGCGUCUUGCAGCUGAAGACAUUGACCUAUAUGGAUUUUGUCCCGAGAGGGACAACUUUUAUACGGUAGUGUGCGAAACUUGCCACGCCAUAGUCAAACCACAAGCUCUUAUUCAACAUAUGGAAAGUCGUCAUCCUUCCGGCACGGUCAAUUUUCCACCUCCCUCUACCCCGAUCGUAAAGCCACCCGUGAAAACGCCCUAUUGCAAAGUGUCGAAAUUGAAAAAGGCGCAGUCGUCGCCGCAGAUCCCGACUAGCGUCACCAAGAUCAAUCACACGAGCGUGAAACGCACCGCGGACCAGCCCACAGUCCCGACGAGCUUGUCGACGACGUCCUUACCGAUCGUCACGUCGCCCCGAUCACCCCUCGAGUCGUUGCCACCGGUUCAGACCGCGAACACGUCUGGAAACGCGGUUACCUCCAGUCCCGUGAAGAGCCCAGGGACGACGGGUUGCCAGCCUCGCCGGAAGAGGCUCAAAACGGACCGAUCGUUGCUCAAGGAUCGGGAAUACGAUCCGGAUCGGCAUUGCGGGGUCUGGAACGACGAGACCGGGAAACCUUGCACCAGGUCGCUCACCUGCAAGGCGCACACGGUCUCGCUGCGACGGACGGUCCUCGGUCGGAGCAAAACCUUCGACAAGCUCCUCGCGGACCACAGGGCCUCGAAAGAGAUCCCGAUCAGGCCGACGAAGGUGACCGUAACAGGCACCGUCACCGUAUCGUCCGCGACGAACCCUCUGACACCCAACCCCCCCGCCUUGACCGUCGAAACGGAAGCGCCCAGCUCGCCGCCCGUUCUGUCGCUGCCAGACACGUAUCCACUGCCAAAGGCUGUUGAUUUGCUUUAUCGGUGUCUGGCCCCGCAUGGCUCCACUAAACCUACCAAGCUCGAAGAGGACUUCGCCAACGAGGAGCUGAGGAGCUUGGAGUCGUCGAUCGCGAACUCGACCGGUUCGUCCCAGUCCAACUCGAUGAUGGCGCCUAUAUCCGUGGUCCUGCCAUCGUUGUCGCCUCUGCCAGUCACCAACAACGACGAGGAGGCAUCGUCGGUGGCUACCCUGGUACCGAGCACAGGUUCACCGGCGAUCCCGGUCGUUCCGGCGACGUUGCCGGCGGCCUGCGCUCAGCCACCGUUGCCCACCAACGUCUUGGAAGCGGAGACGCCCGUGGACAUCGAUCCCGAGGCUGCGAUGACCAUCUACUCGCCCGUUUACAAGGACAAGUCGCAGCUGGUGGUGCAAUUGCCCCGCACGAACAAUAUCGCCCAUUCGCCCGUGUCCAGGAGUUACCAGGUCCAGGCCUCAAUGCCCAGCUUGAUAUUCGAGCCUAUGGAACAGCUCGAGCAAAUUGAGCAGCUGGACCAGCCUCACCCGCCACCUCAGAUUAACGGGAAGAGACUGAACCACGUCACUCACGCGAUGCUCGCCAGCCCCGUGAGCCAACGACAGCCGAAGAGGACCAAACACGACUACCAGCAGGACCUGACCACGGCGAUACAGGUCGAGGCGACCACCACGUCCUCGCCUUAUCCCCAUUUCGGGGACAUAGCCUGGUCGAACUGUCACCCGGAGCCACUGGCGGUCAGUCGGUGGCUUCGCAUUUCGUCCAGCCGUAAGCAGUACAACUUUAAUAUUCACUGACAUAAGACCCCACCCACUCCAGGCUGAGGACCUCGCGAGGGUGUUUUUCUCUACCUCCUGUCUUUAGUUUCGUCGUUUCGCGAGACACGCCCGGGUCAGGUCCGCAGCUUCUGGAGCAGGGGCAUGUCUUGAUGUACGGUGAUGUCGGUGUGAGCAUGCUCAACGACGCCAACCGCGGUCACUAUCGCGGUUAUUCGAGCUGCGUGUUCGCUGUGACGUUUGAGUCGCGAUGCUCUGAGAUCGGGGGAGGGAUGGUUUCGUUGUCGGUUGCUUUCAGAGUAUUUCCUGGUGGAAGGAUGCGAUUUUGGGGGUUGGUUGACGCGGUUUGGAGGGAUAGAGGAGAGUACUGUUGCGAGCACCCUUUGGAUGGAUCCAAGGGCUGUUGGUGCUCGCGACCGGAACAUGAAGACAGCGAGAAGACGGCGAUCGAUCCGAUGUUCCGGUCGCGAGCACCAGCAGGCCUCGGAUCCAUCCAAAGGGUGCUCGCAACAGUACUUAUUUAGAGAAGCGUUUACUUGGAUAUUCCGUGGAAAAUGGUACGUAUCUCUUGUAUCAUUUCGUUUCCACCUUUGAGUGGGUAGAAUUUUUAAUAUCAUUGGAUCUUGUUACUGGUUCGCGUCGAUACUCGGCUUCGUAGGACGGUUUGUUGGACUUGGAAUAGAUUAUUGUAGGGAGAAAGACGGAUCAGCGUCAGAGAUUAGAUUGUAUCGCCGAAAUUAUCAUCGGUAAAUAGAGUGUCUUAUGUCAUAAGGUUCUGAUAAGGCUAAUCUCUCUUUCUUUCUACAAUUUCCUUCGUUCUAAAAGAAAGUAGCAACGACCGCUUUAUUAUUGCAUACGUACAUACGUGAUUGUUUAGGGAACCUCUUCCUACCUUGUGGAUGACACGAUCCCUCAAGUAAAAUUCUUGAAAUUCCUCACCCUCGCGCAUCAAUAAGACCCACCUUCCCUAAACGAUCACACAAUCAAAAUUUGCGUUUUGGUACGUAUGCAUACGGAGUGUCUCGCAGCUUCGUCAGUUUCGACGGUAUCGAGAAGUUCGCCGUCAUGACCUAACGUCACGCGAACACUCAGCUUUAGGGAUCGUUCUUUGAUUAAAUAUACGUUUCGUUUCGUUUUCUACGCGUCGUCUGCAGCGUUACGUGACGAUCUCUCCUACCAGACGACGAUGUUUGCAUAUGUAUAGGCCAUGGAUUUCAUACAUUUAUGACUCAUCAGAAUAUGAAA